AUGGGGUUGAGAUACUCGGAAGAGCAAGUCGUAAAGAAUGAGCAAAAUACCGAAGCAGCUGGAGAAGAAAAUCAGUCAUCAGACCAAUUACUUACUGAAAUAGAGCAAUUGAAAUCAGAAACCUUAACCCGAUUACAAGAAAUUCAGCAAGAAAUCAGAGCCGGGUUAGAGGAAAUAGAAAGUUCACCAACUAAAACUAAUAAACCAGCCAAACCCUCGCAAACUACUGUUUCACAAGUCCUCCAAGCCGAAAGUAAGGUUAAAAUCAAACAGAAAGCCCUAGAACGACAAAAGGAGGAAGAAAAGAAAACUAAACAACAAGCCACUGCUCAACCAACUAAGCAAAAUCAAAAACAACUCCAAACCGAGGAAAAGGAAACUAAAAAAGCCGAGCAAGCACUUCGCCAAGUCCAAGCGGAAUUAUCUAGUUUAGAAAAAAAGCAAGAAUUCGAAGAAGCCUUAGAAGAAAAGGAAAAAGAGUUAGAGGAAACCCUUAGUCAACAAGCUCUUCAAGAAACCAAAGACCAGGAAAAACCCGAAGAAACUAAGGAAGAAGAACUCCAAAAAAAAUUAGAGGAACUAGUCCAACAAUUAAAAGAAAUGGAAGUAUCAGCCGCCGCUAGUCAAAAAACCAUGACCUACUUCAUGCUCUUUUUGAUUAUCUUUUUAUUAGAAUAUGUGGUUUAUAAAAGAAAUGGUUUACCCGGAUUAGUGGUGUUAAAUGUCCUCCUAGCAAUUGCUUAUUAUCACCGCGAUACUUUAAAAGAAUAUUCUGAACUGUGA